UGAUACAAUCUUGCGUAUUAGAAAAGUUGGUUUUGGAUUUACAUUUAUUGUGAUUAUAUUUUUUGUUGACUGCUAAAAAGCCAAGAAAUUUAUUAAAUAUGUCGGUCGUAGUUGAAACCACAGUAGGUGAUAUAACUGUUGACCUAUUUGUGGAUGAGCGCCCGAUUUCGUGUCUUAAUUUCAUUAAGCUAUGUAAAGUGAAAUACUAUAAUUAUAAUCUUUUCCACACAAUUGAACGUGGUUUCAUUGCACAGACCGGUGAUCCUACCGGCGUGGGCAAUGGCGGUAGUUCUAUUUGGGGUGAUGUGGAUGGACCCGAUAAGCGGUUUUUUGAAGCGGAAACUUUACCAAAAAUUUACCAUUCUUCUGCUGGUCUUUUGUCGCUAGUUUCUGCUGGGAAAAAUUUAAUUGGAUCUCAAUUCUUUUUUACAUUGGCGCCAAAUUUAUCCUCAUUAGAUGGCACACAUUGUGUUAUUGGUGAAGUGGUAGAAGGACACGAGACGCUUCGGAAAAUAAAUGAGGCGAUUGUAGAUGAUAACUUUCGACCUUAUCAAGACAUUCGCAUAACUCAUACAGUUAUAUUAGAAGAUCCUUUUCCAGAUCCGCGUAACUUUGUAUUGCCAAGUCGCUCUCCAUCUCCCACACCUCAACGUUUGCAAAAUGGUCGUAUUGCUGCAGAUGAAGAUAUUGACGAUACAGAUGGAAAAACUACGGAAGAGUUGCAAGAGAUGCUUGCGGAACGUGAAGCAAAAGCGCGAGCAACUAUCCUUGAGAUAGUUGGGGAUUUGCCGGAUGCAGAAAUGGCUCCACCUGAAAAUGUGCUUUUCAUUUGCAAACUAAAUCCAGUGACGACUGAUGACGAUUUAGAAAUUAUUUUUAGCCGCUUUGGUAAAGUAAAAAAUUGUGAAGUAAUUCGUGAUAAAAAAUCAGGCGACUCACUUCAAUACGCAUUUGUUGAGUUUGAAGAGCAGAAAGCGUGUGAAGCAGCUUAUUUUAAAAUGGACAACGUAUUAAUUGAUGACAGGCGUAUUCAUGUGGACUUUUCACAAUCCGUGGCCAAAGUGAAAUGGCGUGGUAAAGGCCGCGGAGUAGAGGGUUCUUUAAAAAGAAAUGAAUUUGACAACUUACGGGAACCAAACAAAACAUAUAAAACGGAUGAUCGCGAUCGGAAAGUCGCUGAUCGGGAGCGUUCAGAAAGAAACAGUACAGUAGAUCGUAGAUUAGCCCGUGAAGAGCGCCAUCGUGAGCAACGUGAAAGAGAAGGAAGGCGAGAAAAUAGUUACAGAUAUGAGCGAGAAAAUAGUUCAUACCGGAGACAAAGUCGAUAUAAUGAAAAUAUGGACCGGGAGCAGAGAUCGACACGAGACCGUUCCAGGCGAUCUCGUAGUCGCAGUGGGGGGCAAUCUAAAAGAUAUUCCCCAGAUAGAGAUCGAAACAACAAGUAUAAUGAAUCAAAGGUCUAUAGACGACACAAUGAAAAACAAAGCCAACGAGAGUAUUCCGAUCGAAAAAGUAGUGGAAAGCAGUUAGACAGUAGACGACAAAAUGAAAGGAUUAGAAAUGUAUCCGAGAAGCAACCAAAAAAAGCAAAGCGAAGUAGAAAAGAGAGCACAUCAUCAAGUUCAGACAGUCAUAGCUCAUCCAGUACUUCAUCUCGAAGUAGUAGCGACGCGUCUAGUGACACAUCUGAUGAGAAGAAACGGCAAAAACGAAAAAAUAAAAUAGUGAAAAAGAAGAAAAAUAAGAGCAAGACACAUAAAAGUAAAAGCAGACAUAGGAAAUAAUAAAGUUUUUAAUUACUAUUGAA